AAAUAUGGUGAAAUAAUUGUAGUUUUAUAAAAAUGUGGAAAUAUUGUGGUAUUUAUAAUGUGUUGUGUAUCAUAAUUGUUGUUUAUGGACACGAUUUUAAAAGUUUUGAUGAUACUGUUCUCUUUAAAAUUAAUUGGUCAGGCAAAGCUGGUUCAGAGUUAUUAGAAUCUAGAACAAAUGUGGAACCUUAUUUUAUAACAACUGCAAAUAAUGAACGGUAUCAGUGUUUAAUAGUUGAUAAUUCAGAACAAGAAAAGAAUCGUAAUGAACCAUACAAUGGACCAAAUCCGAUAGAAAUUUUAUCACCUUUAUUCAAUCAAAAUACUUGUUCUUACAGGCUUGAAUCUUAUUGGUCAUACGAAUUGUGCCAUGGAAGAUAUGUACGUCAAUAUCAUGAGGAUAGGGAUGGAAAGAAAGUAAAAACACAAGAAUAUUAUUUAGGUACUUUUGAUAAAAGACAAGAGUUGAAGCUUUUGGCUGAAUAUGCAGAGAGAGAAAGAAAUCCUAACAGAAAGGCAGAGAUUCCUGUUAAAAAAGUUGAUGGAAUCAAUAUGCCCUAUGUUGAAAUUGAAAUGGCCGAUGGCACAGCUUGUGAUUUGACAAAUAAACCAAGGAAAAUAAAAGUUUUGUAUGUCUGUUAUCAACAUGGUAAACAUGAAUUAUUUUCACUUGAAGAACCUGCUAGCUGCGAAUAUGAAGUUAUUGUCCUUUCUCCUUGGCUGUGUAGUCAUCCUGAUUAUAAACCGCAAGCUACAGGAGAAAAUGAAAUUAAUUGUCAACCAGUUGGCAAUUCACCAAAAAAACCAAGAUCUCUUGUUGCAAUGGAAAUAGAAAGUUUGAAACUUCGACAUCAGAAAGUAACGGAUGACAAGCUGCAGAAAGUCUAUGCGAUCUUCCAUGUAGAUAAGGAGGGCCAGGAUGGCGAAGCACGAGUUAGAGUUGAAAUACAUCCUGUUGAUGUUAUCGAUAAACAUAAUAUUGAAGAUUCUAUAAAUUCAUUAGCAGAUCAAAGUAUCAGUCCAGCUGAAGUAAGUCCUGUGAAAAAUUUUUUAAGCGGUAAAAAUUGUUUGCACGGUGGCAAUGGAUGGUGGAAAUAUGAAUUCUGUUACGGACGUUCUGUGGUUCAGUAUCAUAUAGAACGCGAUGGUACAAAAACUAUAGUGAAUCUUGGUAAAUUUGAUAAACAGAAGCAUUUAGAGUGGAUUGCUGCACAUCCACAUAAAAAAUCAAAGUCACCGGUACUACGGAAACAACUGAUUCAUUUUUAUAGCGAUGGUACUGUUUGCGAUAAGACUGGCAAUUUAAGACAAACCGAGGUGAAAUUAAAAUGCGUGGAAAGCCAUACGACUAGUCCAUCAAGCAUUUCUCUAUUUUUACUCGAACCAAAAACAUGUGAAUACGUUCUGGGAGUUGAAUCGCCGUUGAUCUGUGAUAUUUUAGAAUACGCCGAUGAGAAUGGACUUCUUAGCGAAAAGUUUGAAGCAAAUUUUGACAAAUUAAAAACAACCGCUUUCCACGAAUACGAUGAUUUGGACGAAAGGAUAGCAAACGGAGAUGAUUAGAAUAAUUCAAUUAACGAUUACAAAUGUUGUCCAGUAAAAUAAAUUUGAUGAUGAAGGAGACAGUAUUAGAGUGCUGGACACUUGCAUUUAGUUUCAACCAGGUUAGAUGAAACUUUGAUUUUUAGAACUCAAUGUAUACCAAUAAAUUAACGUUAUACUUCAAAGUCUUGACGCACUUUAAAAUAAUUGUGUAAGCGUAACAGUUGUUCAGAUCUAUCGUAUUCUAUACGUAAUAACACGAAUUAUCGUGCAACGGAGGUUGUAAUGUAUGUAAGGUUUUUUCACUCUGUAAGCUUUUGAAAGGAACAAUUAAAAUCGUCUUAACGUUAA